AUGUCUACAAACACGACUUCGUUGUUGAAGAACUUGCCGUGUCGAAACAAGAGGAAUUUCACAAUAGCGCGUGAAAGUGACAAGGUUAAAGCACUUGAACCUAUGUCGGGCCAUAAAAUCGCCUGGCACGUGCCCCAACGACCCGAUGAGAGAAUCGUCAAAAAUGAUCGUUUCCCACUCUUGCUGAAAUAUCUCGAGAAAAACUUUGGACUCAAGAAUACGGCUGAGGCAAGGUCAUCAAAGUCAGCUGCGACCUCUUCCUCCACCGGGUCCACAACAAAAGCCUCAAAACGAAAAGAAGCCAGCGACGAUCUGGAGACGAGCAUCGCCAAAACAAAGCGAUUGAAUGUGGAUUUC